AUGUUCCCAGUAGAAUGGAAGGCGAAAUCGUUUCUGGAAAUUGGUCUCUAUUAUCAAAAAAAAGAAUUUGAUUUGAAUACACAGUUUCAAAAUGCUCUACAGCUGAUGGAUUUUGCAGAUCACACUGAUGAGCCUGUCUUAUUAGUUAUUGCAGACUAUUUAAUUUGGUUCAUCUAUCAAAAUAUCCCUUUGAAAGAAAAUCCAUUUCUGGCCCAUUUUUUUCAUACUUGGGCGCAUACAUCUUGCCUUGGCCGACAAUACCUCUUAGCUAACAUAUUAUCCGGCAGAAUCCAGCAAACUAGCUCUGAUUUGGUGAGCAUUCUCACAAUCUCUCCAUUAGAACUUGUUUGUUCAACGACAAAAGAAGAUGUUUUAGCAGAAAACUCCUUUAUUGAUCAGAAUGAUUUACGACAGUGGUUGGAACAACAAGAAUUGUUGCCUGAAAAAGCAUCCUCUAAUUCAAAUACUACAAUAUGGUUAACCGGAACAGAACGUGCCCUAACUACAGAGGAAGUGCGAAGUUUUUUGGAAAAUCAACCACGUUUUUCUGAAAAGGAUGUACCUACAGUUAAACAAAUAGAGACGUUUAUCUUACUAAAUUUGCCUUUUGCUCCUGAAAUCUUUUCUGAUUUGCUUAAUCAUUCUGAAGCAAAUUUUAAUCAAAGAUUUGUCAAGAACCUUACAUCUCUUUCGAUAACAGUAUCCAACAUAGAAGUCUUGAUUCUGAUGUUGCUACACGAUCCUUCUUUGGUAUCAUAUAUGACUGGUUCCGGUACUUUUAUGUACGAACUUUUGUCGUCAUUCACUUCUCAGAUCUCCAACUCUAAUCUAUUCGAAAAAGAUCGAAUGGCUCAUAUAGGAACAAGUUUUUUCAUAAAAGUCCUUGAUGUACCUUUCAUAAAAAAUAUACUGGUGUAUGACUUGUAUUUUGACUUACAAUCAUUCUGCAUGGCCGCUGUACCUCAGUCGGCUAUAUUAUAUCAGAAGCUAAAAGUCAUUAGGUCUACAUAAAAGUUACGAAUUUAUAUUGGCAAAAUCGUUUACGAAAUUUAAAUAGAGAUAUAUCCAUAUAGCAUUAAUUUAAUCUAUUGUCUAACCCU